CUUGGCUUAAAUUUCUCUCAUCAUGAAUAUUCAGAUCUCUCCCAGCUCAGCCUCUGUUAGCUCCUGUUUACUUUAGGCAGGAGUGGCUGAGUCUCCAAUUAACCUUGACAUACAGAGAGAGGGAGAGACGCAGCUCACACAGGUAUGUGGCACCUCGACACACCUGAGAUGUGAAAACCACUUUUCUACUGGCUAAAAGAGCAGAAUCUGCUGGGUUCCUUCUGCCAGCACUUCUUCAUGUUGGUCUUUGCUCACAACAGCUGAACCUACCGUCAAUCCGAUCUGGAGAGCGACAAAGCUUAGAAGCCUGAGAGACCUGGUAGGGUGACGAGUCCUUUCCUGUCAGCCACUAUGGCAGAAAAUGACCACAGCUGGUGGAAGCUGACGUUCCUCCGGAAGAAAAAAUCAACUCCAAAAGUGUUGUAUGAAAGCCCUGGCAUCUAUGCCGUCACCAACAAUGAGAACCAGCAAGAAGGGGUGCUGACUGAUGGCAGCAACGGUGGGAGCAGUGAGCGGGAAUUCAGCGCCCGGCUAGAGAAGAUUGUGGACAAGAACACCAAAGGCAAACACGUCAAAGUCUCCAAUUCAGGACGCUUCAAGGAGAAAAAGAAAGUCAGGGCCAUGUUGUCAGAAAACCCCAAUUUUUUUGGUGACAGUGAGCAGGGUGAAAAAUAAGGAGUACUGCAUAUGAAGGAGGGACACCAUUCGUGUGCUUUCAUUCUUUGGAGACGUUUCUCUGAUCACGAGAAGCCGACUACGCAUCAGUGCCAUUAGAUUUAUACAGUAAAUGAAGUUAACGAGGGGCCCAUCUUUAGCUCCAGGUCCUGAUUUUCAUGGGAAAAAGAGAAGUUUUGAAGGAUAAUGAACUUUAUUGUUGCAAUUGUUUUUUCUUUCUUAUUUUUUUUAAUUUAAGAAAUAAGGUUAAUAAUAUUUACAUUAAGUAUCAGCUUGGAAAAUCCUCAAUAAUGAAGAAAGGAAAUGUUAGAGGCAGAGCAGAAUCUAUGAUACAGGGGAACAUAUUCAGAACUAUUGAAUGCAGAUCUAUUUACCCUGGAUAUAAGGCUGGCUCUGCUAUUUGGCAAAGGGAACCUGCCACCUCAGGUGGGAAAUGCUUGAAUGUGACAGCCAGGUAUUGGAAGAAAGAACUUUACACCACAUAGCCUGGCCUACAAUCCCAAGCUAGCCUGCUUCAUUCAGGUAUGGUUAAGGACAUAGUCCCACUAUCUGCUCUGAAGUAAGUUUCAGCCAUCACAAUCCUGUCAGUGUUUGUGCUCUGGACUCUUGGGAUGGCCUCUGUUUAUGUUCAUGGCCUUUGGUUGUGGUAUCUGGGGAUCAGACGUUUCACAGACUAAGAAAGAAAUGCCACCAAUUAAGGAUUUAUGCAGUGCCUGAUUUUUGCCACUGGGCAUUUGUUCUCAGGGUGCACUUGAUUUCUCCUUGUAGCAAAGUGUGGCCCACUGUUAGUAGGCUGAUUGUGGGGAGCGUGAGCAGCAUCAGGGUUAAUGGGUGGGAGAGAUGGGUGUUUCUGCCAUUUCAGAAGGAAUUAGACAAAGCAAGGACAUCAGAUGUUGGUGUAUUACACCCAUCAAGGGCUGAUGGGAGUUGCAGUCCAACAAUGUUCCCCAUCCCUGGAAUAAAACAUGUUUUGGAAAUUUGUAGUUUAUACUGCCAUGAUUAUAGAGGGAGGGCACAUAAACCCAAGGGCUUCUUACUUUCUGUUCUAGCUAUAUAGACCCUUUAGCUGUCCAGAUGUUUUCGACUAGUGGUUCCCAAACUUGGGAUACUUCCUUUGAAUUUUCCACAAGUGGCUUGUAAGCUAGCCAACAGGGAGAAGGUUUUUUUUUAAAAAUUCAGAUUGUGCUCUUUUUUUUUUUUUGAGGGGCAGGGGACCCCAAUGGUAUUUAUUUUAUUUUAAUCCAUCUUCUGUGAUCCAAGUCCAAGGAUCUAUGCCUAGAGUAUCAUCCAAAUGGGGUCAAUCCUCACUUCAAUCCUAAAUUUGCUCCAUUGAACCAGAGGAAAGGGCUUCUAAAGUAAGUGUUGACAUCACACAUUGAGUUCAAUAUUAUCCCAUCCAGCUCCAUUGCCUCCAAGCCAGUUACUGCCAAGUCUGCCUGGCAAGCUAAGUGAACUUUAGCUGCAAAGAACUGUAUUAAUAACUCAUCCAUCAAGCUUGUUUUGCUCUUGUAAAAUCAGCAGUUCCAUUGAACUUUGCACAUCAGUUUUGUUGAGUUCAUCCUUCUGUCUGUCAAGAAUUGUCCAGCACAGAAUUUCCA